GAAAACGUGGAGUUCCUCAUUCAGGAGCUGCGGAGGCCGAAGUACAGCAUCUAUUUUAUCUAUUUCAGCAACGUGAUCAGUAAGAGCGACGUCAAGUCGUUAGCUGAGGCUGAUGAACAGGAAGUUGUGGCUGAAGUUCAGGAGUUCUACGGCGAUUACAUUGCAGUGAAUCCGCACGUUUUUUCUCUCAACCUCUUGGGCUGCUGCCAGGGUCGUAACUGGGAUCCGGCUCAGCUGUCCAGGACGACGCAAGGGCUGACAGCUCUGCUCCUGUCCCUGAAGAAAUGCCCCAUGAUUCGGUACCAGCUCUCGUCCGAGGCAGCGAAGAGGCUUGCGGAGUGUGUGAAGCAAGUGAUCACUAAAGAGUACGAGCUCUUUGACUUCCGACGCACUGAGGUUCCUCCUCUCCUUCUCAUUCUGGACCGGUCUGACGACGCCAUCACCCCGCUUCUGAACCAGUGGACAUACCAGGCUAUGGUUCACGAAUUGCUGGGGAUUAACAACAACCGCAUCGACCUCUCUCGGGUCCCGGGGAUAAGCAAGGACCUCCGAGAGGUCGUUCUGUCUGCUGAGAACGACGAGUUCUACGCCAACGUAGGAUCGAGGUGCCGGAUCAUCCGCACACCCGCACUGGUCUUGCUUCUUUCGAUACCCGUUGCUUUGGACAGUUUGUGGCUGGCUUGCAGCCAUCCCCUGUCUCUUGCUUUUCCUUUUGAAGAACCGGUUGCUUUGGUUUCCCCGUUGCAGGCCUUCGUGGAGAAUUACCCCCAGUUCAAGAAGAUGUCGGGCACGGUGUCGAAGCACGUGACGGUGGUGGGAGAGCUCUCGCGCCUGGUCGGGGAGCGGAACCUGCUUGAGGUGUCGGAAGUGGAGCAGGAGCUGGCCUGCCAGAAUGACCAUUCCAGUGCUCUGCAGAACGUGCGGCGCCUCUUGCAGAACCCCCGGGUGUCGGAGCUGGACGCUGCCCGCCUGGUGAUGCUUUACGCCCUCCACUACGAGCGGCACAGCAGCGCCAGCCUGCCGGGGCUGCUGGCAGACCUGAAGAGCCGGGGGGUCUCGGAGAAAUACCGAAAGUUGGUGUCUGCCGUGGUGGAGUACGGAGGGAAACGGAUCCGUGGCAGCGACCUGUUCAGUCCCAAGGACGCUGUGGCCAUCACCAAACAGUUCCUCAAAGGACUGAAGGGUGUUGAGAACGUGUACACGCAACACCAGCCUCUCCUUCACGAAACGCUCGAUCAGCUCAUCAAAGGCAAGCUCAAGGACAGCCAGUACCCCUACCUGGGUCCCAACACUCUCCGUGACAGGCCCCAAGAUAUUAUCGUGUUCAUCAUCGGAGGGGCAACGUACGAAGAGGCACUGACUGUCUAUAACCUCAACCGCACCAACUCGGGCGUCCGGAUCGUCCUGGGCGGGACCACGAUCCACAACACAAAAAGAGCUCUCUGCCGUGCCAGUGGCUGCCCAGAUCGGGCUCAAGAUUAUUUUAGCCUACGGUAGAUGUGGGGGGAUUAA